AUGUGGCACCCUCCGAUUGGCCGCUCUGGACGGGGACCUUCGUGUAGCGCGAGGAGAAAUCACGCGAGGUCUCAAAUUGACCGUUUUGCCCCUGGCCGUCUGAGCCGGCCGCCGCCGGUCCUGUUGAACCGGCGGACGAACGUCUUCCACCGGGGCCCGGCCACGAGCUCCGACCAUUCCCUCACCUUGUUCAGCGGCCUUACCCUCCUGCGCCACCAUAUCUGUAGGAGAUUCUCUUGUUCUUCGCCGGACGGCGAAGCUCGCUCCCAAUCGUCGGAAUUUCUCGAUCGGAAUUUAAACAGAAAAGUUGCAGUUAAAAAUACAAGGUGCCCUAAUAUAAACGCCAUCCCAGCCUCCCGCGACUCCAUAAGCUCCUUCAGCUCUAAUCGGGCCUCCCGAUCAAUCCUCGGGCUUUCCGGUACAACAAACCUCACCCUUCUCCUCAGGCCCAAAUCCGGGCCCAAUUCAUCCUCAUUGCCAUGGCCCAACUGCGUCCCAAUCACGGCCAUCUUCCGCUCAUUUUCUCCAUCGGUAAAUGAACCCUCCGAACUGGGCCCGCUGGGCCCGCCCUCCAACUUGAUAAACUCGGCUAUACUGCAAACGAGAUCCUUCUCGAACUCCACGUCAUCAACGAGCGUGUCACGAAUCCCAUAUCGGGCUAUGCAACGAUAG